AUGGCCCUGGCGCUGACCCCCGUCCAGAAGCUCGCCAGCUGGUACACGCGCAAGAGCCCCGUCGAGCUCUGGCUCCAGCUCCUGCGCAACGCCGAGACCUUUGAGGAGUGGGAGGAGGCGUCCCUGCAUCUCGAUAACCUCCUCGGACUAGACUUGUGGAGGAAUAAUCCCACCUCAAAGUACUACGACUGGCGCCUCAUAACAGACCGUCUCAACUCCCUCGUCAUCUCGCGCGAGGAAAACAACUUCCAGCUCAUCGUCAACCUGCUACGCUCCGGCCUCGUCCGCAACCUCGGCAACAUCACCGCCCCCAAGCUCUACAACCGCUCCUUCUCCGGCACAAAGUACCUCAUCGACGAGUACAUCACCCAGGUCGCUGAGUGUGUCGAGGACAUCAGCACCUUGCCCACCAGCCUCACCAAUGGGGUCGACGAAGGCGCCGGCCGUGGAGGCCUGACGAACCAGAUGAAGCUCGACUUCAUACACGACACACGGCAGGCAUUCGGCCGCACCACCCUUGUCCUCCAGGGCGGCGCCAUAUUCGGCCUCUGCCACCUUGGCGUCGUCAAGGCCCUCUUCCUGCGCGGUCUCCUGCCGCGCAUCAUCACCGGCACCGCCACCGGCGCCCUGAUCGCCGCCCUCGUUGCCAUACAUACCGAGGACGAGCUGCCCGACAUUCUCAAGGCCGACGGCAUCGACCUGACGGCUUUCAUGCGCAAGACUAGCGGCGAGCGGCGCGAGGGUGGCGCUGCCGUGCAAACCUUUCGCUCCCGCUGGGACACCUUGGUGCGCAGGCUACGCCGCUUCUCACGCGAGGGUUAUUUCCUAGAUGUGACGGUACUCGAAGACUGCGUGCGUGCCAACGUCGGCGACUUGACUUUUGAGGAGGCCUAUAGCAGAAGCAAGAGGAUCCUCAACAUCACCGUCGCCACCGAGGGCCACGGCGGCGUGCCCACGCUGCUCAACUACAUCACCGCGCCAAACGUCUUGAUCUGGACCGCCGCCGUCGCCUCCAAUGCAUCAUCCCCUUCUCUGUACGGCCGACCGAAGGAGACGAUUCUAUGCAAGGACGCCAACGGCAACAUUGUGCCCUGGGCCCCUGCAAACACCACCGACUUCCGACACUGGACGCACGCCUCGUACUCGGACCGAGACUCGCCGCUGCGGCGCAUAUCGGAGCUGUUCAACGUCAACCACUUCAUCGUCAGCCAGGCCAGGCCAUACCUGAUCCCCUUCCUGCAGUCCGACAUGCACGGCCCGUCGCUCGUCGAGGCACGGAGCCGCACCACGCAGCUCUCGGCCUUCUUCGUGCGCAUGGUUGGCCUCGAGGUCCGCCACCGCCUGCGGCAGCUCGACACGCUCCGCCUGCUGCCGUCGAGCAUCCGUCGGUUCCUCGUUGAUGAGCAGAUCCCCGCCGCGUCCAUGACGCUGGUGCCCGAGGUCACGGCGGGCGACUUUGUGCGGCUGCUCGAGACGCCCACGCGCGAGACGCUCAACUAUUGGAUCCUCCGCGGUGAGAGGAGCGUCUGGCCGGCUGUGGCCGCUCUGCGCAUUCGCUGCGCCGUGGAGAACGAGCUCGACAGGUCGUAUCAGGUGGUCAGGAAGCUCAAGGCCGGCGAUCUGCGAAGAAAGGGCAGCAUGGCGGCGGCGAGCGACUUCGACCGCAAGGGAGCCCCCUGA